CCCUGCAGGUCAGUGUUGACUGUUGCUUGUGAACAGACUGAAGUACUGCUUUUUGACCCAAUAUCUUCAAAGCACAUCAAAACUCUCUCUGAAGCUCAUGAAGACUGUGUAAAUAAUAUCAGGUUUCUAGAUAAUCGACUGUUUGCGACUUGUUCUGAUGACACUACAAUAGCACUUUGGGAUUUGAGAAAGCUGAACACAAAAGUGUGCACUUUACAUGGUCACACCAGCUGGGUUAAGAACAUCGAGUAUGAUACCAAUACGAGAUUACUAGUAACAUCAGGGUUUGAUGGAAAUGUCAUCAUCUGGGACACAAACAGGUGCACAGAAGAUGGAUGUCCCCACAAGAAGUUUUUUCACACCCGUUUUCUUAUGCGAAUGAGGCUGACACCAGACUGUUCCAAAAUGUUGAUCUCAACCUCCUCUGGAUAUCUUCUGAUUUUGCAUGACCUUGACCUAAACAAAUCUUUAGAGGUUGGCAGCUACCCAAUUUUAAGAGCUAGGAGGACUACAUCAAGUUCAGACAUAACAUCAUCAGGUUCAUCUGGUCCUCGAGCUGUUGGUUCACCGUGUCACCAGAAUGAUUCAGGUCCACUGUCUGAGAAACACAUGUCACGGUCCUCCCAGCGAGAAGGUGGAUCACCUAGAAAUAGUUUGGAGGUCUUAACACCAGAGGUUCCUGGAGAAAGAGAUCGAGGCAAUUGCAUUACAUCACUACAGCUACAUCCAAAAGGGUGGGCUACGCUUCUUCGGUGCUCAAGUAAUACAGAUGAUCAGGAGUGGACUUGUGUCUAUGAAUUCCAGGAAGGAGCCCCUGUGCGCCCCGUCUCGCCUCGUUGUUCCCUGCGAUUGACUCAUUGCAUUGAAGAAGCCAAUGUGGGCCGGGGUUACAUCAAAGAACUUUGUUUCAGUCCCGAUGGCCGGAUGAUUUCAUCCCCGCAUGGCUUUGGGAUCCGCUUGUUGGGGUUUGAUGCACACUGCAGCGAACUUGUCGACUGUUUGCCCAAAGAAGCCAGUCCCCUGAAAGAAAUUCGUUCCCUCUACUCUCACAAGGAUGUGGUACUGACAACCAAGUUUUCUCCAACACACUGUCAGAUUGCCUCGGGGUGCCUUAGUGGACGUGUUUCUCUGUAUCAGCCAAAGUUCUAGGCACAUCUUGCAUCAACAAGACCUUCAGAUGUUUGUGGUUUUUACUUCAGUUUAGUUGAAGUGUGUUCUUUCCGAAACCUCUAAAUCCAGAUAAGAUCAUAGUUACUAUGAUCUCUGAACAUAACAGUGGAACGAAUUUCCAGCACAGCACUGUAUUCAUUCUCAUACUGCAUCCACAAGUCUGCUUCCAUGCACUGUGUUUUCAGCCUUCCAAGCAGACGUCUGCUCCUGCUGAUCCUGUGCCAUCGAGUCAUUGGUUCUGGUUUGUUUGUACCAUAACACUUGUUGAUAAUUUCCUUCAAUGCAACUUGAAGUGGACUAUUUGAAAUAAAUGUAGAGGGGACAAGGGUAGCAGUUCAGCCAAAACUCGCCCAGGCUCCCUGGGUACGACACCUCCUUGUUCCAAAGGAGCUGGACUUCCUCACGUACACUUCCUUGGCCUUUUCUGUUGCUGAAACUACUAUAUGGUGAUUAUUAGAUAAUGAGCUGCUUUUCUACAUAACUAACACAAUUAGUUUCUGUCACAAAAAGAAAAUUGUGUUUUCAUUUAUAUAUUAAUUUGGUUGUUUGUCAUUGGCUAGCAAAACGAGUCAACUUUCUGUAAUGUUUUGCUGCAGUUAAAACAUUUUGUUUUCUGUGAUUGCAUAUAUUGUGUUUAUAUAUGUGUAAGAGGUUCUGGAUGGAGAUGUAGCUGCAUUUUUUCCUCAGAGAAUUUAGUAGGAAAAGACUGGGGCAGGGAAGCAGGAGUUGAAUGGGUGAAGACCUUGCCCUGUAACCACUGCAGACGAACUGUUUGGAUGUUUCGUACAAUGGGGGUGUCCUUGGUCAACCUCUCUUGGGCAACUUUGACUCCUCAGCCGCCAGGGUUUCUUUUGUAGGGAGCUUUCCACAUCAGUAACAUUAAACCUUCAUCCCAUGUUUGAAACUUAACACUGCAGAAUUUUCUGCUGAUGUUAAGACUAUAUCCCACCUGACUGUUCUUCCACUCCUCACCUGCACCAUUGCUGUGAGAGGAAUUCUUCAUAGUAUCACCAGAUAAGCCUUUCUUCACAUGUACUGUCAGUUUGGGAAUGGAUUAAAAGCAUGCCUGUCUACAGUAAGAUCUAUUUGGAUUUAAGUGGGCUUAUCAUAAGAUGUGGAAAAACAUUAAUGUUCACCAUUAAAUCACAUACUAAGUAUGAAUGCCAAGUUUUAGCCAUCAAGUUAAUAUAGCUAACCUUGUGAAUGCACAGUUAUUUCAGUCUCGUAUGUCCAUAUCAGUUUAUAAUAUUCUCAUCACUUACAUGUUCCAAGAUC